AGACCACUGUGCAUUAUUAAAGCAUAUUGGAUGCUCUCUCCCUCUCUCAGAACACGCAACACCACCCAAGCCCGCCCACUGUACCAGCGGAGAGACGAUAAAGAAUAGAGAAAAGUGAGAGUUUUAGGCAUGCCGCAAUGCUUGCAACCUACUUGAAACCUUCGUCAGUUGCCACACGACAGGACAGCUGCACGGGCAGGCCGAACUGGAAGCGUAACGCAAUGCAGCAAAGUUAUAGAUUACUGGAAAGCAAUCCGUGAGUUGAAGAGUAUCUGAAAGAUACACUCGCAGUAGCAGCUAGUAAUGCCAAAUUAAUAAUAAUUAAAGCGCAGCGUGCGAUCUACCGGGCAGCUGUUUGCUAACUCUCGUUCUCGCAGCGCUCUCAGAAUGUGUUAAUUCUCUUUGCGAAAAGUGCUCGUAUCUUUGUAUCUGUAUCUGAACACGGCCCAUGCCAUUGCGUACUCUCAGCAGCGUACCCCGCCGCCAGUGGGCGAAAGACGCAACUGCCGACUGUCGACUGCUGUGAGCUGCUACGACCUUGCAAUGCCCUUGAAUGGCACUCUUAUUGCGACCAAGUCGCCGUUGUUGCCACUACAACUGGCGGUGCUGCCACGGCUGCCACGACGAGCGCUGGCAAAAUACAGAAAUGGAUUUAAAUUGAAAUUGAAAUUUUGUAUAUCGUAUUUGGUGUGAGCUAUUGUAACUCGCCGUGCUUGCCAUCACCACGAACAGAACCGACGGUGCAGCUCCUUUUUUUACAAUUUUAACUUAACCCAAGCGUCGCGUGUGUGAACCAGAGCGCCGCAUAAAUACCAAAAAUAAAGUCAAAUAAAAUGAAAACAUCCUAAACAUAUCGCCUUGGAGACAGUGCACAAUAUAACUUCCUUGUUAAAAGUGUUAUCCAAGCAACUAGCGCCAUCUGUGGGCCCGAACCGUGUUUUUGCCGAGAGUGUGUGCGUGUCUGUGCACUAAAAGUGAAAGUUCAGGCAAACGAAAUCCUUCGUUAGCCCCAUUCGCUGGGUCACUUCCUUGGCACAGUUUUAAGGCGGAGGUGUCUACGUAUAUAACGAUACCGAAGCACGCAAUACAUAGCCAAACAUAUACUGACGACUUCCACACUAUAUAUACCAGAUAUAUGCGCGUGUAUAUAUACGCUAUAUAUAUGUGCCAUAUUUAUGCGACAGCUUUGACAACUCAUAAUUUUUAUUGCUCCAUAAACGGGCAGGCCAAGAACUUGGAAAUAAAAAAGGAAACCCAUUGGAACUAAUCAACUUUUAGGCAGCAUCGUUGCAAUUGCCGACUCGCAAAUUGACGUGACGUAAAUGAAUGAGCCCGGCGAUAUACCAUUGACACACAGUAGCACGCCGGACAACAGGCCGCCCUGCAGCAUUAUCUCAAUAAUACCAAACAUAGGGAUGUCAUCAUGCCGUGGACGUGCCGAGGCAUUCGCGCGAAGUUUGUCCACAAAGCUGCGCACCUUGGGAUCACAGACCAACGAGGAGGGCGCCAAUGCAGAGGAUGAACCUAUUAUAAAUGGCGGCAAUACCAACACCUGGGUAAACGCACACGAAUCGGAACAGACUGUCACCGAUCUCCAGCCGCUGCGUCACGAGUCAGAUUCAUUUUUUGACUUCGACUGCGAGCUGGAAUCGCCAGGCAGUCCAGUGGAUGAGUGUGAGUACCUGCGUCUCAUAGAAACCGCCUCGAAUACGCCACACAACUCCACGGCCGAGUCUGGCUAUGCUUGCGCAUCGGCGGCAAGCAGUCACAGCAGCACAGAUGGACCCUACUUUGAUGCGGCAGCCGGCAGCAGCAGCAGCACAAGCAAUGUGCCAAAUGAGCUGCUGCUGGUCACCACACAGCCGCAGGCGGAGCGCAGCAAGUUGCCGGCAACGGAGCUCAAGGAAUAUAUGAACACAUUGCAAAUAAAUGGCACUCAUGAGCCACUGACAAAUGGUGAUCAAGAUGAGGCGACGGAGGAGGAGGAGGAGGAGGUGGUAGGCAAAGUGGAACCGAAACAGAAGGAACAAGCAAGGGAGAGCGAAGAUGAGACGCUGCUGCAGGCACAAAUACUAAGCGAACUGCAGCAGCACAGCGAUAGCAUCAAGAGCCCUGGCAACGGUUGCAGCCAGGAACAAACGGAGCAGGCGGCAGUUGAGGAGGCGGUGUUGGUUAAUGGUCACGUUGAUCAGCCAGAAGAGAAGCAGCAACAACUCGAAGUUGACAAGCUAGCUCAGACAACUACAGAGCAGGAACAGGCAGAGCAGGCGCCCGAGAGCGGUAUAGAUGAGGUAGACAAAUGCACAGAGGGCAUGCUAACUGUGGACGUGGGACUGGCACAAUUGGAGCAGGCUCAACAGGAUGUAACAGAGGCGGUUAACGAGGCGGAGAAACCCAGUCAUGGCCAUGGCAUAGACACCACAGACGACGAGGACGACUGUCGGCCGCAACGCGUACGACGAUGCUCCUCUUUGAAAACAGGCAAAACGCCGCCGGGUACGCCUGGACGCAAAAAGAUUGUGCGCUUUGCCGACGUGCUUGGCUUGGAUUUGGCGGAUGUGAAAACAUUUCUGGACGAAAUACCAACCAUACCGAAAUCCGCGUUUGAGGAUCUGGAAAUACUUGAGUCAGAGCCACCACUGCAGCUUGGUCCCAAAUCGGAUAAGCUGUUGAUGCCGCUGUUCCAGCAGCCGGGCGGACUGCCCACAUUCCUCGAUGCGGUGCGCGAGAAGCAGGUAUCGCUGGAGAAUGCCGCUGUCACCGAUAGCAUCAAUCAGACAAUCUCCGGCACGGUGCGUGUACGCAAUCUGGACUUUCAUAAAUCAGUGCAUGUGCGCUACUCGCUGGACGGCUGGCGCAGCUAUGCGGAUCUGCAGGCCAACUAUGUGGAGAACUCCUGCGAUGGCUUCUCCGACAAGUUCACGUUUGUGCUAUUUGGCAAUUCGCUGCAUGUCGGACAACGUCUGGAGUUUGCCGUGCGCUUUCAGUGCAAGGGUCAACAGUUUUGGGAUAGCAAUUAUGGCGCCAACUACUGCUUCCAAUGCUUGCCCAGCUCGAAUCACGUGGCAUCGCCGGCGUCUGUGGUGAAUAGCGCCGUGCAGUCGCAUCAUGGCAGCAAUUUGGUCGGCAUGCUAAGCCCCACGGCGGGCGAUGCCUGGUGCAGUUCGUUCUACUAAUAUGUAUAUGUAUCUAUAUAUGUGUAUAUAUAUAAAUAUAUAUUUAUAUAUGUAUAUAUAUAUAUGUAUAGUUAGUAGCAGUUUGCGAGGGCACUCCGAGGAGGCAGUAGACGACGCGGACGCGGGUCGUUGCAGUCAAUGCCAAAAGGCAGCGCGCCGUCAAUGCCAUUGAACGUCAUUAACUGGUGUCGGCCUUGACGGCGUGUGCUGGGGCGUCUGCCACACCCAGAGAUCAGAGAUCAAUACUAUAUAGAGAGAACGGUGCAAUCCACCAAAACCCCAACCCCAAACCCACAGCCCAGCCCAGCCCAGCCCCUCCCUUGUACGUACAUGUAUGUAAGGCAAAUGUUUAUAUUUUUAUAGAGCGGAAUAAAGUUAUGCUGGAAACGAAGCAGAAGAAGGAGGACCAGAGGCAGCGGCUUCGAUAACCAGGCGAAUAAAGUAAAAAAUAAGAGUGGCCCGAACAAAAUACGAUUAAACAGAGCCAGCAAAGUGCGAAAGAAUCCCAAUGAUAGUUAAUAGUCUUAAGUUAUAAGAAGAGCAAGUGAUAACUAAUGAUGAUGAUGAUGAUGAUGAUGAUGAUGAUGAUAAUGAUAUAAUGUUGAUGAUCAAUGAUUAAUGAUGCAUAAUGAACACUUUUUAAUGUCUACUACAA